GGGGAGCCCCGGCGCGCUGGUCGCGGUCGCGGACGGUGGCGGGGGCUCCGGGAGACCCCGGGCCCGCCGCCCACCCCGCCCCUCCCCGCCCUCCCGGCGGAGGCGGCGGCUCCGGCUCGAGGCCUGCGGCGGGGCGGCUCGGAGAGAAGCGCUGCUCGCCUCGCUCGGGCCUGCUGGUCGCGCGCGUGUCGCUGGCCGCCGGGGACGGGCUCCAGGCCGCUCAGCGCUCGCCCGGCGGAGGGCACGGAGCACCGGGAUGCGGUUGUUCCAUCUCGUUCUGCUUUACAGUGUCUGCCCUCAGGAUGCGCCGUUGACGAUAAGCACUUUUCCCUUAGUUUAAUAUUGGCGCAGUUGGGGCGUUUAGCUUUUGUUAGGAAUAAGGAAAUGCGGAAUGGGGAUUUGGGCGUGAGCAAGUGUAAUUUCUAAUGUUUAAAAAAUUUAAAUGCACAAAUAAAAAUAAUUCACCCACAUUAUUAUUGAACCCCCCUAAAACAUACCCUUCUUCUCGUCCGUCUUCCUAGUCUGACCUGGUCUGUACCCUUAUUACCCAGUUUUGAUUAGAGUAGACGCAGUUGUCCUCUUAGUCACUUAACAUAAGCACUUUUACGUAGUCUCAGAUAUUUACCGUUUUUAUUAUAUUGAAUGUAUGUUUAGAGUUUUACUUAAUUACCCCGUUAUGAAACCUUUCCAUUUGUCCCCUGUUUUUUUCCUCUUAAAAAAAUCUUGCAGUGACCAUCAUUGAGCAGAUAGCUCUUUCUUUCCUUGGAAUAAAUUCCCGAAAGGGGAAAUAGUGCAUCAAAGUUAUGUGUUCUUUCUUUGGCACUCCAUAUGAAUUCUUUUCCAAACAAGGUGUGUUUACUAUAGAUGGUUUUCAAAAUCUGGAUAUUUGUCUGAUUCUGCUCACUGUGAUACGGAUUCAGCUAGGUAUCCGGACAUUUUGCGUGGUCUCGGGACAGGCUGUGCAGCCUGCUGGGGUAUAUAACUGUCUGUGCUACAAGUCAGAGUGAAACCGAGGUAACCGCCGCUUCGAGGCCAUGCAGCCUCGAGUAAGUUUCCUCUCCAGGCUUCACUUCCCCCGUGUCUAAAAUGGGUCUGCUUCUAGUACCUGCUUGAUUGAGUGGUUGUAAGAGUUCAGAGCACUCAGAAAAUGGUGUCAGCCAUAAAAAAAUACUCUGACAGAGGCAGGAGCAAAGUGCCUGGGAUCACAGAGGCGUGGAACAUUCCUUCAAUUUAGGUCUGCCCUUAAGUUCUCUUUGAUACUGGUAUUAAAAAGAAAGCAGAUUUUCUUUGAGUAAGGGAGGUCACUAAUAAAAAUAAUAAUUCUUUAUACAUUAUGAUGUCGUUUAGUUUGCAAACUACUUUCAAUUCCAUUUGUUAAGUGAUUGCAACUCAGUGAGGUCAGGCUUGGUUCACCCAACAGUUGUUACUUGACAAACAUCUGUUGCAGCCUCUAGGCCUCUACCGCUUGCCAGGUGCUGUCCUAGGCACUGGGUGUACAGCAGACAAUAUCAUAGUGAACAGAAUCUCUGCUGUCCUGGACCUUAGAUCCUGGUGGGGGAAGCUGUUUUUACCAAGGGUUAUCUCUGUUGUCGGGAGGGGAUAGGGCGAGUGACCUGCCCAAGGCCUGGUGGCUGGUCACGUGGAAGGCGAACCCAAGUCUUUGCGCUCCCACUCCGGCUGGCUGUGGAUGGGAGGUGUUUACACGGCAGACUUUCGAGGGAAAUUGGCAGACCAGACUGUGAGCCUUCCUCCUCUGAAAUGUGGAUGUGCAGUUUGAAUGACCACCAGCACAUCCGGGGCUAGUGGCCUUUCAGUGUGGUUUCCUCUGUGAGACUGAACAGAAUGUCAGCGCCCAUUCAUAGAGGAGCGUGAUUUGCUUUUUGAAAGGUGCUGAGGUUCUCUGUAAAGGGUGUGUUUUCACACGUUACAAAUAAUUCUCACGCAUUCUAGAGUACAUUUAGAAGAAUGUAAAAGCAGCUCUGCUUCCUGGGGAAAAAUGGGAGUGUUCUCUUUAUUGUCCAUUUCACACUAAAGGCAUACGCUAGUGAGCCUUCUGCCAGCCCCGUUAUGGCCGUCGUCAUGUUUUUGAGGAUAAUCUUUAAAAUGCUUCCUGAAGCGUGGUGAAGAGCACCACUUGGAUUUCCCAUAGGGAAAAGAAGAACUAGUCUAGCAACAGCCUUUGUGUUUGAACAGCUUGUGAAAUGAACCGUCACCACUGUGUGGACAACCGUUUCCUGAUGGACUCCCCCGCUGCGCCGUUUGGAGGGUGGUCUCAGAUUCGGUUUGGUUGUAGAAAACUGAUGGCUGAAGACUGGAGCUUCAGACCACAGUCGGUGAUGAAGGGCAUUUGGACCACGACAAUUAGGAAAGGCUCCAGGAAAUAUCCUGGAGCAGAGAAGACAGAGGCAAGAGAGCCGUCUUGAGAGAGGUUGAGGACGGUCCUGUGGAAGAGAAAUGUGGGGUUUCCCGUGAGUCUUCUAGGGAAGGGCAAGGCCCAGGGGCUGGAGGCUGCAGGGAGAGGAAUCCUAGAGUGUCCUGAGGAGGAGUUUGCAAUGCGUGGCGCUCAGGAUGUGGGCCUCAAGCUCGGGCUGCGCAGGCGUCGGGAGUGGCUCCUUGGCAGGAGUCCUGUAGAUGGGCCAAGUGAUGUUCAGGGUCUCCUCCUACUCCUCGGAUGCUUUCAUUCCCAGUGUUCCGAGUCUUCUCAAGGACUCCGUUGUACUUUAAGAAGCUUCUUAUUUGAAGGGUGGGGGAUGUAAAACGAUGGCUGCUCCGUGCCUGUUACUGUACUUGUUUGGUAGAUAAACAAAAUACUCAAGUCGAUUUGUACGUGGCUUCCAUUUACUAAGCAUAUCCCAGACGUGGGGCACUGUGUUAAGUACAGAAAUUAAUUUGAUGGGAGCCCUGUGAGGUCAGUAUUCACGGUUGGAUGGAUGAGGGAAGAGAGGCUGAGGGAGGUUAGUGGAUGCGAGGCCUCGCAGUGAGUCAAGGAGAAGUACGAGCCAAGGGGCAAGCGUGAGUUUGACUCCAAAGCCUGUGUUUAUAACUCAGGAGAAGGUUUUGUUUUUGUUGUUGAUUCCUUUUCCAAUCUGUGUUCUCUGUUCCUAAAUAAAGACGCAUAUUGGUUGAGAGAAGGUGUUAGAAGACACUUAAGAUCUCUUCCAACUCUGAGUGUUGAUUAAGUACGUUACUUCUUUCCUGCACACCAGCCACUCUGCCCCCUGCUGUGCUGUAAAGCAGAGGUCAGCAGACUUUGUGGAGAGGGCCAGAUAAUGUUUUAGGCUUUGCAGCCUGUACUCAACUCUGCCGUUGUAUUGUAGUCAAUCUGUAAACAGUGAGUGUGGCUGUGUUCCAGUGUAACUUUAUUUACAGAAAUAGCCUUUGGAAGGACCUGAAUUGGCCCGUGGGCUGUAGUUUGCAUGGCCCUCGCUCCAAAGCCGCUUUCCACGGUGGACUCUAGUGGUCCUCUUUGGUCUCCUUGGGCUUUGGCCAGUUCUGCCUCCGUUUCCAUUUGUACUUCACAGACCUUAGGUACAUUCCAUUGUAGCGCUCCACGUCUCCCAUUGUGGAACGCCCCUGAAGAGGCGCUCUGCGGGGAAAUGCACUCUCCUGGCCCGCUGGUGGGACCAGGAAUUGCACCACCCUAUGACCUAGUGGUUCCCUUCCUGCAGCUCCUGCAGAGACACGCACGUCUGCACAGGAGGCCUGUUUAGAAUGGUGACCUGCUAAAUGCGGCUUCUCUGCACAUGGAAUACUGGCAGCGGUUAAAAGGGACACGAUAGGUCUAUACUUUCUACCCUGCGUUGUCAAAAUAUAUCGUUUAACAGAAAGCAGAUUAUAGAUAGAUUUGUAUGAUGAUCUUUUUUUAUGUUACAAGUGUAUUUUUAUACAUGUUUUUUAUGGGGGUCACGUGUGAGUGUGUAUAGGCCUGAUGGUGUCCGUAUCAAACUAGUAAGAACUGCCCCUUCCAGGAAGGUGGGGAGGAAGAGCCUGGGAUCGGGGCUGGUGACUUUAGCCUAAACUAUCAUGUUUCAAUGUUUUACAAGGAGAAAGUAUGAAAGUGUGAAUUACUUGUGUAAUUAAAAUUUAAGAAUAACAGAAAAGAUCUGCUCGCCUUCAGCCCUUUCAUAACCUCCACCAGCCUUCCCAGAGCCAUCCCGAGUAAACAUACCACUGGGGAGAUGCCGUGGGCUUGCCGGGGAGCGCCUGUCUCCCGCAGCCCGCUAGGUUGUUGCUCCUGCAUUGGGUCCUGCACCUUCCGUGGUCGUAAGGACAGCCCAGAGAGUGGAGGGCAGAUGAGCACGCUGACGGCCUCGGAGAGAACCUCAGCCCUCAGCACUCAGGGGCCAGGCUCUUCUCUGUUUGUGCCCUGCUGCCUGUCAGUCGGGUGCUCCUUCACUUUCCUGUAAUGUUAUUAUCUGAUCAGCCUUUGUUCCAGUCGAGAAGAACGCAGAUGACAAGGAGGAAUUUUGUUGUCAGAGCAUAAAAGGAGUUUGUCCAUAAUUGACUUGAAGCAGCAAAGAGGAAAACACUGAGCUUUCAGCUCCGCCUUUCUUGCUCUGAGAAUUGGAAAACCAAGAAGGUUUUGAUGUUUUGUGUGGCGCCGCCUGAAUUAGAAACUAAGAUGAAUAUAACCAAAGGAGGUCUGGUGUUGUUUUCAGCAAAUUCUAAUUCAUCGUGUAUGGAGCUUUCCAAGAAGAUUGCUGAGCGGCUGGGGGUGGAGAUGGGCAAAGUGCAGGUUUACCAGGAACCUAACAGAGAAACAAGAGUACAAAUUCAAGAAUCCGUGAGGGGGAAAGAUGUUUUCAUCAUCCAAACUGUUUCAAAGGAUGUGAACACCACUGUCAUGGAGCUCCUGAUUAUGGUGUACGCAUGUAAGACCUCUUGUGCCAAAAGCAUCAUCGGCGUGAUCCCCUACUUUCCUUACAGCAAACAGUGUAAGAUGAGGAAAAGAGGCUCCAUCGUCUCUAAGCUGCUGGCUUCCAUGAUGUGCAAAGCUGGUCUAACUCAUCUUAUUACUAUGGAUUUACACCAGAAGGAGAUUCAGGGCUUCUUCAAUAUUCCUGUCGAUAAUUUAAGAGCAUCUCCCUUCUUAUUACAGUAUAUUCAAGAAGAGAUCCCGGAUUACAGGAAUGCGGUGAUUGUGGCCAAAUCCCCAGCCUCGGCCAAGAGGGCACAGUCGUUCGCUGAGCGCCUGCGGCUGGGAAUUGCGGUGAUUCACGGAGAGGCGCAGGACGCCGAGUCUGACUUGGUGGAUGGCCGGCAUUCCCCGCCCAUGGUCAGGAACGUGGCUGCCAUCCACCCCAGCCUGGAGAUCCCCAUGCUGAUUCCUAAAGAAAAGCCCCCAAUCACGGUUGUUGGCGAUGUGGGAGGAAGGAUCGCCAUCAUUGUGGAUGACAUUAUCGAUGAUGUUGACAGCUUUCUGGCUGCGGCAGAAACCCUGAAGGAAAGAGGUGCAUAUAAGAUCUUCGUGAUGGCGACUCAUGGCUUGUUGUCUUCAGAUGCUCCCCGACUGAUCGAAGAAUCUGCCAUAGACGAGGUGGUGGUUACCAAUACAAUUCCACAUGAAAUCCAGAAGCUGCAGUGCCCCAAAAUUAAAACCGUGGAUAUCAGCAUGAUCCUCUCGGAAGCCAUCCGUCGGAUUCACAACGGGGAGUCCAUGUCCUACCUCUUCAGGAACAUCGGCUUAGACGACUGAGCGGCUGCCCUUUCGGAAGACUCCCGAGGGCCAAACUGGAAAGGGAAGAAUGAGGAAUGAGUGCGGGGCGGGGUCCUGCCUGAGCGGGUCUGUUUACAGGGGCUGCGUGUGUUCUGUUCCUUUUUUCUUGUUAAUUCCUAUGGAGAUAGACCAACUUUUUCUGUCGGUUUGGGUGUUUAUGAGUUUUUUGGGCAAUUUUUAUAAAAGAAAAAUUAUAUUCUCCUCUUAAAAUAAGUUAAGACCUGGUUGUUUUUAGUUUAACUAUUUAAAAUGUAACUUAGAAUAAGAUUUUUAAGCUCACAAACAGCCUUUUUCCAAAGUUGCUGGAGCCCAAGUGCUUAAAAAAUUAAUAGAGUCCAACAGUCUAUAUGAAAGCUGCUGUGGAACAGCGAGAGUCUCCCGGGGGAUCCAGUCAGGGACGUUUAGAAAAGCUUUUCUAGACGAGCAUGUGGAGUACGUGACCAUUAUUUAUUUUCUGUAACAGAAGAAGGAAUAAAAACUUACUGUGCUGGUGUGCUUUUUCUGAA